AUGUCGCCCUUGUUGCAGGCUCUCGUGAGCGGCCUGGCUCUGGCCGGCUCUGCUGUUGCUGUGCCCUACAAGGCUGAGGAGGUUGAUACUCUGGUCGCCUCGCAGGUUCUGACGAACCCUUAUGCCUUCGACUUCCCUCGCCUGGGUGCCCCUGGUGCCUCGCUGUUCCCGAUGCGCCACUGUCAUGGGUUCAAGCUAGAGGAGGCCAGCGUGGAUGACAUCCAGCAGCGCAUGAGCAAUGGUUCUCUCACCAGCGUUCAGCUGCUCGAGUGCUAUCUCGACCGGAUUCACCAGACUCAGCCUGCCAUUCUGCAAUUCAACCCGGAUGCCUUCUCCAUUGCUCAGAAGCUGGAUGAGGAGCGUGCCAAGGGCAAAGUUCGUGGUCCUCUGCAUGGCAUCCCCUUCAUUGUGAAGGAUAACAUCGCCACUAAGGACCGCAUGGAGACCACUGCAGGCUGCUGGGCCCUGCUUGGUAACGUCGUGCCUCGUGACUCUCACGUGGUCCACGGUCUUCGCAAGGCUGGUGCUCUGCUGCUGGGCAAGGGCGCCCUGAGUGAGUGGGCGGAUAUGCGUUCGAACAAUUACUCCGAGGGCUUCACUGCCCGUGGUGGUCAGUGCCGUAGUGCUUACAACUUCACCGUCAACCCCGGUGGUAGCAGCACUGGUCCUGGUGUUGCUGUGGGUGCUAACCUGAUCCCCAUCGCCCUCGGCACCGAGACCGACGGAAGUGUCAUCAACCCCGCGCAGCGAAACGCUAUUGUGGGUAUCAAGCCCACUGUCGGAUUGACUUCCCGUGCUGGUGUCAUCCCCGAGUCUUUGCACCAGGAUACCAUCGGUACCUUUGGUAAGACUGUCAGAGAUGCUGUGUAUACUCUGGAUGCCAUCUACGGUGUUGAUACGCGGGAUAACUACACCCUUGCCCAGAAAGGCCUGACCCCGAAGGGCGGCUAUACUCAGUUCCUGACCAACAAGGAUGCCCUGAAGGGUGCCGUGUUUGGCCUGCCCUGGAAGUCCUUCUGGGCGCUGGGCGAUGCCGACCAGAUCGCUCAGCUGGAGGAGCUCCUCGACCUGAUCAAGUCAGCCGGUGCUACCAUCAUCAAUGGUACCGAGCUGCCUCACUACAAGGAGAUCGUCUCGCCGGAUGGCUGGAACUGGGACUACGGCUCGACUCGUGGCUACGCCAACGAGUCGGAGUACUCGUAUAUCAAGGUUGACUUCUACAACAACCUGCGCGACUACCUCGCUGAGGUCAACAACACCAACAUCAAGACCCUUGAGGAUCUUGUCCAGUACAAUGAGGAUAACUACGGCUCUGAGGGUGGCUUCCCCGGCAUCCACCCCGCCUUUGGCUCCGGCCAGGACGGUUUCCUCGCCUCCUUGGAGAGCAAGGGUAUCAUGAACGAGACCUACUGGUCGGCUCUGGCCUUCUGCCAGCGUACCACCCGCGAGGAGGGCAUCGACGCCGCUUUGAAGUACCACAACCGCACCCUGGAUGGUCUCUUGGUGCCUCCGGAUGUUGCCCAGAGCAUUCAGAUUGCUGCUCAGGCGGGCUACCCUGUCAUCACCGUACCCGCUGGUACCAGCAAGGAGUCCGGCAUGCCCUAUGGCCUGGCAAUCAUGAACACUGCCUUCUCGGAGCCUACCCUCAUCAAGUACGCCAGCGCCAUUGAGGAUCUUCAGAAGACCUCGGGCACCAAGUGGCAGCGCACUCUUCCUGAGUGGCGCGGCUACCUCGAGCGCAACCUGCCCGUGAUCAUGUAA